UAGUCAUCGGGUACGUCGUGUUUCUUUCGGGUUGCUGUACUUUUUGGAACAAGCACCGCCGAAAAAUUUGGGGUCCGGCACCUUCGUUCGCUCCCCCAAAUGGCUUGUUUGAACACCCUUAAGCAGGAGAUUAAAACUCUUGAGUCCGUCUUCCCUAAGAGCCAUGAGAGAUUUCAGAUAAUGUCUGCGAGUGUGGACGAACUCAGCUGCAGGUUCGUCGGUAAAAAUGGGAAGAAAUACGAAAUACACGCCAAUAUUACAGAAACCUAUCCCUCUACACCACCAGUAUGGUUUGCAGAAUCAGAGGAGACAAGUGUUACAAAUGCGGUACAAAUUUUAAGUACUACCACAGGCCGUGACAACCAUGUCAUUAAUCAAGUUGGGAUUCUCUUGAAAGAAUUAUGUAGACUCCACUCAUUACCGGAACCACCUGACGUUGAAAGGUUAAGGACAGCUUUGGAUCCAUUGCGUUUAGGAGGAACAAAUGAAGCUGCAGCACAAAGGAUGGAAGCAGAAGAUGCUGAAGAUAUUGAUGAGGAUGAAGAAAGUGAUGCAGAGGAAGACCUUCACUUAGAUAUGGAUGAAGGAGAUGCCAAUGCUAAGAGUAAGGGUGAGGAAAUAGAACUGGAACAUCUUGCAACACUAGAAAGGUUGAGACAAAAUCAAAGACAAGAUUACUUAAAAGGAUCUGUCUGUGGCAGUGUGCAAGCCACAGACAGACUCAUGAAAGAAUUGAGAGACAUUUACCGAAGUGACAGUUUCAAAAAAGGAAUGUACAGCAUAGAAUUAGUAAAUGACAGUUUGUAUGAAUGGAAUGUCAGGCUGAUGUGUGUUGAUCCUGAUUCACCUUUACACAGUGAUCUCAUACUUCUGAAAGAAAAAGAAGGCAAAGACAGUAUUCUCCUUAACAUGCUUUUUAAGGAAACUUACCCAUUCGAACCCCCAUUUGUCAGAGUUGUGCAUCCCAUGAUCUCUGGUGGAUACGUUCUUAUAGGAGGCGCUAUUUGCAUGGAACUCUUAACAAAACAAGGUUGGAGUUCAGCAUACACAGUGGAAGCAGUCAUCAUGCAGAUUUCAGCAACAUUAGUGAAGGGAAAAGCACGCAUUCAAUUUCCAGGACCAGGUAGUGCUAGCAAAGUGUGUGGACAAGGUCAAUACAGUCUAGCACGUGCACAACAGUCAUUCAAGUCUCUUGUACAAAUACAUGAAAAGAAUGGUUGGUUUACCCCUCCAAAAGAGGAUGGCUAAUGAACAUGAAUCAUGGAGAAAGAAAAGUUUGACGCGUGCUUACAGCUGAGACUUUAAUUCGGUGUGUGCCCAACAAAUAAUUGUUACGAUAAUGAUUUGAUACACAAAACACAACAUUAACUAGGUAACUUAAGAUACUGAAUUAAUCUAACGCGUAAUUCCUUUGAUGGCUGAGAAGGCUGC